CUACGUUUAGAGGAUUUGACAAAGAAGUGUUGUCCUUUUCAUUUAACACUCUUUCAUACUUUUCUGAGAAUCACAGAGAUCUCGUCAAAGGAAGUGUAAAUGAUCUUGAGCCACUAGGGAAAAUUAAUAAUUUAGCUGAUCCGUAUUUAAGGAUUAUUGACGAAUCCGUCGAAAGUUGCGAAGAAUUUUCUAAGCGAUUUAGUGAAUUCCUUGAGUUUUUUAAUAGCGGAAUUAUGGACAUUGAAGAGUUACUUCAGAAAAUUGAAAAUAAAAUGGAUGAAACAAUAUAUGAACGAAUGUUAGAACAAAAGAAGAUAUCGAUGAAUGGAAUCUGA